UAUGCAUCUGAGGAGAGACCCAUCAACAUUGGUGGACUACAGCAGUUUGCAACUGAGGUAUUCAGGCAAAUGAGUGUUCCUCAAAAAAAGGAUCCUGAUCUCCCACCUCCGGAUCAAAUGGUGGAGACCUCACUCAGUAUUGCUCUGAUUGGCUGUGGCCCCACCAGUAUCAGCUACACCUCCGUCCGCCGCCUGGGGUACGAUGACAUCACUAUUUUUCAUAAGCAGAAGUUCAUUGGAGGACUGAGCUCUUCCGAGAUCCCGCAAUUCUGCCUGCCGUACGUCGCGGUUCAGUUUGAGGUGGAUUUGAUGAAAGAUCUGGGAGUCAAGAUCAUCUGUGACAGAGGACUUGGCCAGGAUGAAAUGAUGCUCCUCUCGGUAAAGGAGGAGGGAUACAAAGCCGUGUUCCUUGGAAUUGGGAUGUGCGGAUGUCGCUCAUACGAUGCCAUGGCUUUACAGCACUUCGUUCUUGGAGCUGGAGACACGGCCUUCGACUGCACCACUUCCGCCCUGCAAUGUGGAGCCCGACGGGUGUUCCGGAAGGGCUUCACCGACAUACAGGCGGAGAUGGAGCUGGCCAAGGAGGAAAAGUGUGAAUUCCUUCCCUUCAUGUCUCCACAGGAGGUGUUACUGAAAGAGGGUCGAGUCCACGGAAUGGAGUAGCAAAGCGAGACUGUACACUGGGGGGAGGAUGAGGAACAGAUAAUUCGUCUGAAGGCCGACUAUAUCAUCAGUGCUUUUGUUUCUCUUCUGAAUGACUCUGUCGUGAUCGAGGCCAUGGCUCCUGUCAGGUUAAGCAGAUGGGGGCUUCCAGAGCUGGACCCUGAAAGCAUGCAGACCAGUGAGCCGUGGGUGUUUGCUGUAGGUGAUGUGGCAGGUCUGGCCAAUACUAUAGCAAUGAAUGAUGGGAAAUGGACCUCCUGGCACAUGCACAAAUACUUACAGAGAUGUCGCAUUUGGCCCACCACCAGUGCCGCCAUGAUCCGACGGGCCAUUGAGAAGGGAUGAUUCGCCCUCAUCAUAAACUACUCGCUGGACAAGGAUUUGGUGACCAAUGUGUCUUCGCGUAUUGUGCGUGGAACCACCUCGGGACCGCUGUAUGAACCCGGACAGGGUUCCUUUUUCAGCAUCAAGCUGAUCAGGGAGAAACCACUGCUUACUUUUUUUAUGUCUGCGAUUACUAAAACCAAGGCUUGUUUUGAGUCCAUUGUCAUAUCCAGCAUAAUGUGCAGCAACAACAAAACUGAUUGGACCGAGCUUUCCAAAAUGGCAGAGGCAUCUGGUGCUGAUGGCCUGGAGCUGAAUCUGUCGUGUCCUCAUGAAAUGGGGGAGAGGGGUCUCGCCUGUGGCCAGGAUCCCGAGCUGGUCCAGAACAUCUGCCGUUGGGUUCGACAGACUGUCCGCAUACCUUUCUUUGCCAAACUCACCCCUAAUGUGACCAACAUUGUGGACAUGGCCAAGGCUGCAUGGGAAGGUGGAGCAGAUGGAGUCACAGCCACCAAAACGGUUUCGGGACUGGUGGGACUCAAGGCAGACGGCUCUCCCUGGCCUGGCAUCGGCCGAGGAAAGCGCACCACAUAUGGCGGAGUGUCUGGAAAUGCAAUCCUUCCAUUUGCACUGCGAGCAAUGUCCGCCAAAGCUCUGCCUGGAUUUCCCAUCCUGGCCACCAGGGGCAUCGACUCUGCUUAGUCCUGACUGUAGUUUCUCCACGCAGGGGCUACUCCGUUACAGAUUCUGUUCUAUCCGGUGUGCAGUAGCGUGCAAAAUCAAGACGUUACUGUGGAUUACCGCACUGUUCUUAAAACCCUGCUCUACAUGAAGAGGGUUAAGGGGCGAGUAUAG